ACUCCGGAAGGCAGAGGUUGCAGUGGGCCAAGAUCGCAGCACUGCACUCCAGCCUGGCUGACAGUGAUACUCUGUCUCACGAAAUAAAACAACGGCAACCAAAAGCAUGGAGGGGGACCAGACUGCCCAGCUCUCACUGACAGGGCCUCCAGGGACCCAAACACAGUCGGCAACUAUUUUUUAAUAAUUAAUAAAUACAUAUUAAAAAUUAUUUAUUAUAAAUAGUCCGUGACUCUGAUGAGGGCCCAUCAUGAGGAGGUCAGCAAGCUGAAAUCUGUCUGGCACCCUCUGUGGUGCCGCACCCAGGUGGCCGCCCCUUAGGUGUGCAUCAGGGACCCUCACGCCCUCAGCAUCCUUCCAACUAUGGUGAUGAUGGGAGAGCUGGACCCUGUUCCCACUUCACAGAUGGGAAGAUGGAGGUUUGGGAGUCGGCAACCUGCAGGGCCAACAGUAGGGACCAGAAGUCCAGGACAUCUUGCCUGAUGUAGCCUGAGCUGAGGCCUGAGUCCUUACCUCAUCCCUACCAAGUUUCAUGUAUCUUCCAAGGAGGGGGGCAUGGGGUUCACGGGCUUCAUGACUACUUCCUGCUCUGGUGAGGAGGUGCUCUCACACCCUCCUCCAGUAAGGGUGUGAGUGUUUGUAUGUUUUGGGCUCUGAGUGAAUGAUCAUGAACCCUUGAGCAUAUGAGUGGAUGUUUGGGUGUUCCCGGCAGCCACCUGGGGCUGAUGCAGUAAAGGAAGUGGCCAGACCCGAGGAGGCAAGGUCUCUGGCCCCUCCCAAGGAUCAUGUUGCAGCCCCACUGACCCAGGAGUAGGGGCCUAAGGGGAACUUGGAAUGGGCUGUGUGUUCUGCAAGAAAUUGGAGCCGACGGCCACUGCCAAGGAGGAUGCUGGCCUGGAAGGGGACUUCAGGAGCUACGGGGCAGCAGACCACUAUGGGCCUGACCCCACUAAGGCCCGGCCCACAUCCUCCUUUGCCCACAUCCCCAACUACAGCAACUUCUCCCCUCAGGUCACCAACCCUGCCUUCCUUGAUAGUGGCACCUUCAGGGGCGUGUCAGGGAUUGGGGUGACCCUGUUCAUUGCCCUAUAUGACUAUGAGGCUCGAACUGAGAAGGACCUCACCUUCACCAAGGGAGAGAAGUUCCACAUCCUGAACAAUACUGAAGGUGACUGGUGGGAGGCUCGGUCCCUCAGCUCCGGACGAACUGGCUACAUUCCCAGCAACUAUGUGGCCCCUGUUGACUCCAUCCAGGCUGAAGAGUGGUACUUUGGAAAGAUUGGGAGAAAGGAUGCAGAGAGGCAGCUGCUCUCGUCAGGCAACCCCCAGGGGGCCUUUCUCGUUCGGGAGAGUGAGACCACCAAAGGUGCCUACUCCCUGUCCAUCCGGGACUGGGAUCAGACCAGAGGCGAUCACGUGAAGCAUUACAAGAUCCGCAAGCUAGACACAGGUGGCUACUACAUCACCACGAGGGUUCAGUUCGACUCAGUGCAGGAGCUGGUGCAGCACUACAUGGAGGUGAAUGACGGGCUGUGCUACCUGCUGACUGCGCCCUGCACCAUCAUGAAGCCGCAGACGCUGGGCCUGGCCAAGGACGCCUGGGAGAUAAGCCGCAGCUCCAUCACGCUGGAGCGCCGGCUGGGCACCGGCUGCUUCGGGGAUGUGUGGCUGGGCACGUGGAACGGCAGCACGAAGGUGGCGGUGAAGACGCUGAAGCCGGGCACCAUGUCCCCGAAGGCCUUCCUGGAGGAGGCGCAGGUCAUGAAGCUGCUGCGGCACGACAAGCUGGUGCAGCUGUACGCCGUGGUGUCGGAGGAGCCCAUCUACAUCGUGACGGAGUUCAUGUGCAACGGCAGCUUGCUGGAUUUCCUCAAGAACCCAGAGGGCCAGGAUUUGAAGCUGCCCCAGUUGGUGGACAUGGCAGCCCAGGUGGCUGAGGGCAUGGCCUACAUGGAACGAAUGAACUACAUCCACCGCGACCUGAGGGCAGCCAACAUCCUGGUGGGGGAGCGGCUGGCAUGCAAGGUUGCAGACUUCGGCCUGGCCCGUCUCAUCGAGGACGAUGAGUACAACCCCCGCCAAGGGGCCAAGUUCCCCAUCAAAUGGACAGCUCCUGAGGCCAUCAACUUUGGCUCCUUCACCAUCAAGUCAGACGUGUGGUCCUUCGGGAUCCUGCUCACUGAACUCAUCAGCAAGGGCCGAGUCCCUUACCCAGGCAUGAGUAAACGGGAAGUGUUGGAACAGGUGGAGCAGGGCUACCACAUGCCGUGCCCCCCAGGCUGCCCAGCAUCCCUAUACGAGGCCAUGGAGCAGACCUGGCGUCUGGACCCAGAGCAGAGGCCUACCUUUGAGUACUUACAGUCCUUCCUGGAAGACUACUUCACCUCCACUGAACCACAGUACCAGCCCGGGGAUCAGACAUAGCCUGCGUGGGCAUCAACCACCUCUCUGGCAGUGGCCACCAGUCCUUGCCAAUCCCCAGAGCUCUUGUUCCAAAGUCCCCAGGCUGGCUUAGAACCCCAUAGAGUCCUACCAUGCCAGAGGAGGCGAGGUGCUCUGACACCACUGAGGGCAACUCACUCAUUUUACAGAUGGGGCAAAAGGAGGCCCAGAGCUGAUCCCUCAUCCGCUCUGGCCCCGAGCACGAUUGUUUCCUUUCCCACUUAGGCCCCUACAUGCCUCUAGCCUUUCUCAUCCCACCCCCACCCAAGGUGCUCAAGACCUUGUCUAAUUAUUUAUAAAACUGUAUGUUCCUCCCCUCACUUCUCUCCUAUCACUGCCUUCCUGCUCUCCUUUUAUCCCACUCCAGUCCAGGUGCCAAGAAUAUCCCUCCUACCCUCGAUUAUCUUGUGUCUCUAAGUUACAAAGUCAGGAAAAGACUUGGCUGGACCCCUUUCCUGCUGGGUGGAUGCUGUGGUCCAGGACUGGGGUCUGGGCCCAGGUUUGAGGGAGAGGGUUGCUGAGCCCUUCCCACCUCUCUGAAAAGUGUGUAUGCAUUGGUUUAUUGAUUCUGUAACUAAGUAAAAUGACAGUAUUAAUCCUCAAGCCAUGAAA